AUGGCACCGGUGGCAGUUUCAAUCGAAGACAAGUACGACGCUUCUCAAUUCCAAUCGGCUCACCAGGGCAAAACAAAGAAAGGCAGCUACACUGUCAGUGAAGAAAACAAGAGACAAGCUUUAUAUCCAGAGUAUUUGCCUACUUGGAACCCAAAUCAAAAGUUCCCACCAUACAAGUUUCAAGAGUAUCAUGAUAAAGGUUUGCAAGGGGAUUCAAACUAUAGGAAUCUCCUCUCCAGCGACAAGCAAUACCAAAUCAAGAGAAUGACACCCAAGUUGGGCUCUGUUGUUGAAGGUAUUCAGUUGAGCCAAUUGGAUGACGCAGCCAAGAAUGACUUGGCUAGACUCAUCAGUGAUCGUGGAGUGGUUGUGUUCAAGAAACAAGAUUUCAACAAUUUUGGUCCUCAAUUUGCUGUUGACUUCAUGAAGUACUUUGGCACUUUACACACCCAUCCAACUUCAGGUGCACCAGAAAACCAUCCUGAAAUGCAUAUAACCUUUCGUGGCGCAUCUCAAAAGGAAAUUGACUCUGUGUUCAGGACUAGUUCAAACUCUAUAUUAUGGCACAGUGACUGCUCCUAUUCACUUAAUGCUUUGCAAUUGACGUUAUUUUCAUGUUUGCAGCUUCCUGAAAGUGGCGGUGACACAUUGUUUGCCAACACGGUUGAGGCUUAUGAUAGAUUGAGUCCUGCAAUGCAGCAACGAUUGGAAGGAUUACAUAUCUUGCAUUCUUCGGUUGAACAAGCUGAAGCUAAUAAAAGAGCAGGGGGAAUCACGCGGAGAGAGCCAGAGACUAAUAUCCACCCUAUAGUCAGAGUCAACCCAACCACGGGAAAGAAGUCUCUUUACGUGAACAAAGAGUUUGGAAGAAGAAUAGUUGAGUUGAAACAGGAAGAGUCAGAUUACCUUUUGAACUUCCUUUAUGACCACAUUGAAAGAGCUCAAGAUUUGCAAAUUCGUGUGUCUUGGGAACCGGAUACCGUUGUGUUUUGGAACAAUGCAACCACGGUGCAUACUCCAUGUGUGGAUUUUGAUGAGCCUGUGAUUAGACAUGCCUAUAGGAUCAGUGUGAUGGGAGAGAGGCCUGUUUCCGAUGUCAGGGACUUGAAUGAUCCAAAUUAUUUGAGUGAAAAGUACAAAGAGUUGGGUAUUUAG